UUUCCCGCCGCGCCCGCCGGCUCCUGCCCGCAGGCCUGUCGGAGCCCAGGCUGCUCUCGGAGGUCCAGGGGCGCCGGCCAUGGACCCUCGGCGCGGGCCGGCGGCGCGCACCGCUCCCAAGGCGGGGGCCGCGGCGCCCAAGGCUUCGGCGCAGGGCGGGAGGGGCGCGCUGACGGAGCCCGACGUGUGCCCCGCCGUCCCCGCGGCCGCCCGGCCCCGCGCGCAGAGCGGCGAGCCCGCCAGGGCGCCGGGCUCCCUGCGGAAGAAGAGCGCGCCGGGCCCGCGGGAGAGGCCGCCGCGCCGCGCGCAGAGCGCCCGCGCCGGGCAGGAGCCGUCGAGCGCGGCGGGUCCGGCGGGUCCGGCGGAGGGGCCGGCCCUUUCCAGGGCAGGCUCUCGCCGCGAGCGGGGCGCGCGCUCCGCGGAGACGGCGAGGCCCCAGCCCGGGCCCGCGGAGCUCGGCGGCGUCGGCGCGCUGGUCCCAGCCCCGAGUCUUGGCCGGAGGGGAGCGCCGCCCGGCGCCUGGGAGCCUCGGGCGGUGCUGGAGAAGCUGAGGCUGAGCCGCCAGGAGGUCUCGGCGGCGGCGGAGGUGGUGAACAGGGUGGUGGACCACCUGCUGCAGAGGCUGCAGCGCCGCGAGUCCGAGUUCAGAGGGGUCGCGCUGCUGCACACCGGGAGCUACUACGAGCGCGUGAAGAUUUCUGCUCCUAAUGAAUUUGAUGUUAUGUUCAAACUGGAGGUCCCCAGAAUUGAGCUGGAAGAAUAUUGCAACAGUGGUGCUCAUUACUUUGUGAAGUUCAAAAGAAAUCCCAAAGGAAAUCCUCUGAGUCAGUUUUUAGAAGAGGAAAUAUUGUCAGCUUCUAAGAUGCUAUCCAAGUUUAGGAAAAUCAUUAAGGAAGAAAUUAAACACGUUGAAGAUACAGAUGUCAUCGUGGAGAGGAAGAGAAGAGGGAGCCCUGCUGUAACACUUCUCAUUAGAAAACCUAAAGAAAUAUCUGUGGAUAUAAUCCUGGCUUUGGAAUCAAAAAGCAGUUGGCCUGCUAGCACCAAGGAAGGCCUGCCCAUCAAUAACUGGCUUGGAACAAAAGUUAAGAACAGUCUAAGACGACAGCCGUUUUACCUGGUACCCAAGCAUGCAAAGGAAGGAAAUGGUUUUCAAGAAGAAACAUGGCGGCUCUCCUUCUCUCACAUUGAAAAGGAUAUCUUGAAAAAUCAUGGACAGUCUAAAACAUGCUGUGAGACUCACGGAGUGAAAUGUUGCAGGAAAGAUUGUUUAAAACUAAUGAAAUAUCUAUUAGAACAACUGAAAAAAAAGUUCGGAAACCGAAAGGAACUGGAUAAGUUCUGUUCUUAUCAUGUGAAGACUGCCUUCUUUCAUGUAUGUACCCAGGACCCACAUGACAGUCAGUGGCACUCCAAUGACCUGGAAUCCUGCUUUGAUAACUGCGUGACGUACUUUCUUCACUGCCUCAAGACAGAACGGCUUGAGCAUUAUUUUAUUCCCGGAGUGAAUCUGUUCUCUCAAGACCAAAUUGAAAAAAUAAGUAAAGAAUUUCUCUCAAAGCAAAUUGAAUAUGAGAGAAACAAUGGAUAUCCAGUUUUUGGUGAAUUUUGAAAUUAUGUUUUUAAAAAGAAUCAAGAAUUAGAGUGACUGUAUGACGUUGGAAUGUUUGAAAUUUGUUGCAGCAAUGAUUGACUAAAAUGAAUGUAAAUAUUUAGCUUUCAGUUUGUUUUAAUAAACGCUAAUCAGUAUGAAAGGAUUGAUUGUCCUAGGAAAGAGAUUAGUUAAGGAAUAAGCAGGAAAAGGAGUAUUUAAAAUCUGAAAGCUUACCAGAUUGGAAUGAAGAGAAGGACAGAAUGUGCAUCACAUUAAUUGAGUUUAUUGCGCACUUAAUUGAGCACCGCUCCUCACCAAGCGUGGGUGCGUGGAGGCUGCAAGAGACUAUAUUGAAAAUGGUCACAGCCUCCAUAAAACUGGUAGGUUUUGCUCAACAUACAUGUAUUUGUGAGCAAUGGCCUCGCCUACGUGUUAGCACAUGUCGAAGGAAAUGAGAUAAUAAGCUCUACAUUGUCAUGUAGACAUGUAUGUCUCGAAAUUCAUAAUCUUAUAGAAAAUAUAGGGUACUUCGAUACACAUGGCUAAAUAUAAAACAUAGAACUUCUUUUAUUUAUUUUUAUUUUCAGUAACACUUUUGUAUGUCUUUCUGAAAAGGCAAUGUAUACACAUAACACAAAACUCAAAGAAAUGGGUGUGAAGUAAAAUGUCAGCCUCUCUCCUCUGUGCUUGGGCCGUUCGACCUAGGGGCAGCUGCUGGCUUUUAACUUCUUUGUAUUCAUAUAUUUUGUACGUUUUCUUAUUGGCUAUUUUAUCGUUUUCUCAUUGUUUUAUAGAAAUUCUUUAUAUAUUUUGGAUACUUAUAGUUUGUGGGUUGUCUAUAUAAUGAGUAACUUCUCCCACUGUGUGGAUCGUCUUUACUGUUUUACUCUCUUUUAGUAAACAAUUUAAAAUUUUAGUGUA